GAACACCACGUCACGGCCGCGUGACACAUCAAUUUCGAUCUCCGCGGCGUCUCCUUCCUGAUCGGGCGACAUUCUCCUGGUGCGUGCAACGAGGUGGGGAAGACGUAAAGUGGUGCAAAUGUCCUCCAACAAACGCCAGCGGACGCUUUCGAAUUCACGAUUAUCGCCUCCAUCUCAAUCUACAUCGCUAUCGCCAGAAACUGAACCAAUGUAUAAGUCUAGCCGACAGGAGGCAUCGGGGGAUCGCCAUUUGCUGUGCACACUACCACCAACAUGCAAUCCGCCGCACAACCGCCCGACACCGAUCGCGAACUCGAGGGAUCUGGAGGCGCAUUAUGGCAAGUACCAUGCGCAAGUGUGUGAGCAGAAGGGGUGUGGGUUCGUGUUUCCCGAUGCGAGGUUGCUGGAGCUGCAUCAAACAGAGUGCCAUGAUCCACUUUCUGCUGUGCGAAAAGAUAGAGGGGAGAAAAUCUUUGCUUGCCAUCUGGUAUCAUGUCCUCGUUUAUUUCAGACGCCCAAAGCACGUCGAUUACAUCUUAUUCAAGCACACUCAUACCCAAAAGAGUACUUUUUCGCUGUGACAAACAAAGGUGUGGGUGGUCUACUUAAACGCUGGGGAGAGGGCGCCAGCAUGAUCAGAGGAACCUGGAAGCCAAGAGAUAACAAAAACGAGCAGAAGGACUCGGAAGAUGAUGAAAUGGUUGUUGAUGAGGAUGAGGAUGAAGAUAGCAAUGAAGGCGAAGAUGAAGAGUCCAGCAGCGAAGACGAACAGAACGGAGAAGCAACUCCAAAAAUACGCCACCAUCAAGAGCUUGAGGAAAUACCCAUCACACGAGCCGUCCACUCUCCACCCCGGCGAGGAAGUGGGGCAGCGCAGACCGCAGCUGACUGUGACGUAGACAAGUUGGCAAACUCGAUAAACUCUCUCUCGUUGGUCCCACCGUCUAUACGGUUCGGGAGAGGUGGAAAGAAUGGGGGAUUCGUUCAUCCAGAGAUGCACAAUCCACAGGUCAGCAAAUUCAAUCCUCACGCUUUCGGUCCAAGAGGCGGUAGAGGCAGAGCGAGGAUUGCAACCGUGGUUCCUCGUGCUGGAUCCCAUAACGCACAGAUUGGUGCGCCUCACUCCUCUCAAUCGUCUGCAGAAAUUGGCGCUGCACCGAGGGGUGUGCCCCCUCGUGGAAGAGCGGGCAUUAUCAAUGUCGGGAAGGGUUUCAGAGGACGUGGCCGCGGGUCAUAGAGGGAAGCGAUGGAGAUUAAACGGGAGGAAGUGCUGAUAGGGGACUGAUCUCAUGAGCUGCAUUGACAGAUUCUGAUGAAAAUAACGUGCACGUGUAUACCAAGCAAUGUACAUCACCUCUUCUGUUGUAUUGUCAUCAAUUGCAUUCGUAGGGCUAUGUAUAAGGUUGGGCACGGCUCCAGUUUAACGGCAAUCAUUUACUGUCACUGGGUGUGUUGGGUGAGUCAUAGUAUGCGCUGGCAGCUAAACAAGGCUGUGGAAAAAUGCUUUCCAAUUGUUUCUCUUCUGACCAGUCAGUUACU